AUGCCUGACCGGACUAGCUGCGAAUUGCUUGAAGAGAUGAGAUUGUGUACCUUGCUUGAAGAGAUGAGAUUGUAUGAGCUGAAAGCAAAGGGCGUUGUUGAAGUUUUGUGUAUCAGCGUGAAUGACCCCUUUGUGAUGAAGGCAUGGGCCAAAACCUACCCUGAGGCUAAGAAUGUGAAGUUUCUGGCUGAUGGCUCAGGAACAUACACCCACGCACUUGGCCUCGAGCUUGACCUCUCAGAGAAGGGGCUUGGAAUUCGAUCUCGAAGGUUUGCUCUCUUGAUCGAUGACCUCAAGGUGAAGGCUGCAAAUAUAGAAACUGGGGGAGAAUUCACUGUCUCCAGUGCUGAAGAGAUCCUUAAGGCUCUUUAA